UGGCCGUCCGCCUCCCAGCUCCAGUCCAGGGAGCCCCCAAGGAGGUGGUUGACCCCUCCAGCGGCCGGGCCACCCUACUGGAGUCCAUCCGCCAGGCCGGGGGCAUCGGCAAGGCCAAGCUGCGCAGCGUCAAGGAGCGCAAGCUGGAGAAGAAGAAGCAGAAGGAGCAGGAACAAGUGAGGGCCACAAGCCAAGGCGGGGACCUGAUGUCGGACCUCUUUAACAAGCUGGUCAUGAGGCGCAAAGGCAUCUCCGGGAAAGGACCUGCGGCCGGGGCCGGCGAGGGGCCCGGAGGCGCCUUCGCACGGAUGUCGGACUCCAUCCCUCCGCUGCCCCCUCCGCAGCAGCCUCAGGGAGAGGAGGACGAGGACGACUGGGACUCCUAGAGGCUGCACCACUCCCUCCCCCGCCGCGCCGGCCUGGAGCUGCCGUCCCAAUGUGGGGACAGCCCGGGCCUCCACUCGGCUCCCACGUGGGCGGGGAUGGUGGAGGGCAGGCCGGCUGGCCUGGUCUUUCUUCGAGGAGGGCAGCCGGCUUGGGGCCACAGGGCUGGGGCGGGAGCGUCUCUCCGCUGGGCGCGCUGUGACUGCUCACUGCCCCACGCCAGAGUGCUCUCUUCCCAAAGAGAGUCCGAGAAAACAGUGACACAAACCAAUAAAGGGUAACACAAGAACCAA